GUAAAAUAAAUAUUAUAGUUUGAUACUCAUCAAAAUUAGUUGAGCUGCUCAUUGUCAAAUAAAAUGGCGGAAUGUAUUUUUGCAAAUAUUCCAAAAUAUAUUUUUGAAAAGCAAAAAUGACGUGUUUAUAUCCUGAAAAGACAUCAUAUUUAAACUCCAUGGUAUACCUUGAACCUGAAAGAAUCGUUUCUGUGAAUUUCAACUCGGGUGCAGCAUAGAGUAAUGAAAGAAGACGUUUGUUUACAGUUGUCAUGUUCAAAAGAUUUUGAAUUUUUUUUCCAAAGCUGUAACUUACUUUUAUGACUGUGUCAUUUAUUUGGACCAUGUUUCCACAAAAUAUCUGAUGAAUUUCUACGGCUGGCUCAAAAUCAACAACUACUAAAAUGUUUAAAAAUGAGUUUCAGGGUGGGGCCUUCUUUGAAAUAUUCAGCGCUCAAGGGAAGGACCCAACUGCAAACUGGAAAUUGAGCGGAGGUCAUGGGAUCAGGAAGAUCUAUGAUAAAGAAGUGAAGAGCUUUGUUUACACAAUCGAAGGAAGCAGUCAUUCUACGAAAAUGCAACUGCCCAAAGAUCCAAAACAAUCUUUGACACUUGUCCAGCGCUAUGUGGUCAUACAAAUCAAUGUGCAGAAAGGAACUGAUGUCACUAUUGAACUUGGAGUAUCUGAUUUGGGAAAUAACAAAAGAAGACUACAUUUCUCCACAUCCCUCAAGGAGAAUAGUUGCACACCCUUACAUGCCAAAGUACCACUGACCAUACUAAAGAGAUCUGUGUGGGUGAACUUGUGUUUUGACAUGGUUUCACUGGUGGGAGAGAUGUGGCGUGGCCAAACAUACAAGUCAACUGAGAGUAUCAUUGUGUCUGCUAACUGCAGGAUACGUAGACUGUUCACUAUGAAGUAUCAGCCGCCAGAUAGCACUGAUGAUGAUGACAUCUAUAGUUGCCCUAACACAAACAAUACAGAGCUGGACUCUAUACCAAGACAGUGCCAGAUAGCACAGGAUGUAGCACAGUUUAUUCAGGUGAUCAAUAUGACAAAGAUCCGUUGCGUAGAGUGGGUUCUCAGUGGUAGGGACCCUAACACAAGGCCUGUAUCUUCUACUGAUGUAGAUUUAAAUGCGAGUGGACGAAGGUCAGAGGCAGAUGCUUACCAUAUUGCAUUCGGGAGUAAAGUAGCAUCUAAAGCGCCACCUAGUGCCCAGAGAAAAACAGGAUCAGCUGGGGGCAAAGAUGGAGGUCAAACCAGUAGAACCAGUAGAUCAUCACAUUCCAGGAACAAACUUGAAGAUGGCCAUAAGGUCGAUAAGUUGGUGCUACAGACCAGUAGGGGGCGGGAAAGGAUGCCAUCUGACCCAGGGACCAACAUUGAGGAUGACCCUGAAACUACUGUUGAUAAAAGUACAUUACGUGAAAGCAGAACAUGGAGCUCAGGGGUAAUAGACGUCAAUGAUGAGACCCCCUUUAAGAAGCCUCAUCCCCCAGCCAGGCAGCGAUCGUCAGACCAGAAAGCACGGAGACGUCCUCGGGUUCGAAGUGGCGAUCAACGGCAACGAAGUGGAAACUCAAGUGAGCGAGAAACAGAUUCAAGUAUUCCAAGCCCUCAGAAGUUAAAAACUCCAGAGAAUUCCCCGCUCAGAAGAGCUGCUUCUAAAGAAAUGGUAGAAAUGUCUCCUCCCAGGCGACUUCCAUCUCUCGAUCGUAAAGAUAAAAAUUCUUUACGGAAAAAUUCAAUGGAACUUGGCCCAGAGUUCAAAUCCCCAGCAAGACAUUCAUUGAGCUUUGACCAGAAAGAGUUCAGCAGUAAAGACAAUGCUGUGCUUUCAUUGGCUGAGCUUCGAUCUCAAAGGUCAAGAUCACCAGAACAUUUAAAACCAGGGUCACAAUCUCUUUCAUUAAACCAAACAAAACCAGAAAAACUAAAAAGUGAACAUUCCAAAAACAAUAAUACAGAGAAAUCUCUGAAUACAAGAGACAAUGUAAACAAAACCGACACAAACUCAAAAACAGACUCAGAAAUCCAAGAUGGCGGCAAUCCCGAUGAGUCAAUUAGUGAUGUAAUUCAAGCAUUGAAAAAUAAGAUUGACCUUGAUUAUGAUGAUCUCGACAUUCCAGAGGAUGAUGGGGACCUGUCAUUUGAAAGUGAAGAUGAAAUGGAUGAGAACAUCUACACAUUCUCAUCUCCUCCUAAACCUGCUCAUAAGAGUGUAAGAGAAAGUCCAGCAUUUAGAGAUGAUCUUGAUGUCACUCAGGAUGAUGAACCAUCUCUCAGUAAAUCCAACACAGCCAGGAGGAACCUGAAACUCGACCGCGGUGCCAAACUCGAGAGUGACUUCAUUCACAGUAGCAAUAGCAGUACUGAGGAUGAUCCACACACUAAAAUACUUAAAAACAGUCCUAGUCCAAGACCUCCGAGUACGGGGAGUCCCCGCCCUAAUAGUGGAGGUCGGAGAUCUCGACCUACUAGCGCACGUGGUGUGAAAAGCAUUCCAUCUAUAGCCACUCAUAGCUCAAGCCCCAGGGACACAACCACUAGUAACUCAAACAUACCGGGACCUCAUGUGUCAAACAAUGAACCGACUAUAAGCAAUGCAAUAAAGAGUUUGGACUCUGAUAAAAACAGUCUGAAUAUCUCAGAUCAAUCUGAUGGUAAUUUGAAUUCGUCGUUAUCCAGUCCGAGGACUAGUAACUCCAGGAUGAGUAUCAGUAGGAGGUCAGUGCGGGAGUUGAAACCGGACGAUAUUCAACUGAGGAAAUCUUUGGAACAGGCCAAACCAUAUGAUUCGUCCAAGUACAAAUCUGCGGGAAUGGAUACUCGAGGGAUGGAGGAUUCAUUUGAGGCGGCAAUGUUGGCAAGUCUCGCACGUGAGGCAUUAGAGGAAGAAUCGCUGGAUGAAAAUGAGGGUGAAAGUGCAGGAUCAACCAAUCAGGGAGACAAACCAAACCUUUCUAAACAUAGAUAUGGCGAUGAUUCUAUGAGUGAUUCUAGCGAGGAUGAUACUUCAUUUUGUACGGAACGUGGCCAGGUGCCUGCAAUGAAGGCUCAUUACCAGGAUGAAAUGAGAAUGCCCUCUUCAAGAUUAAGUGCUGGAGACCCCUUAGCCUCAUCAAAUCCACGAGAUUAUGCCAAUAUUUUUAGUCCCCCUAUAGUAUUACCCAGUGAGCUGGAAAAACAGAAUUUAAAGAAUAAACAUGAGUUAUCACCGAAAAAUAAACUGAUCUCACCAAGAAAACAAAAAUCACCAUCAGAUGGGAGGAUGAGACAUAGAUUGAAUAGCCAUUCAGACAAGGAGCAUGAAACUGAUGGAGAGGAAGAGUUAGAUUUGUUGUACGAUCCUUGUCUUAACUGCUACUUUGAUCCGAGGACCAAUAAAUAUUAUGAACUGUGCUAGAAGGUUUUUGAAAAAAUGGCAAAUUGAACUAUGGUGAAACAUGUAAAGUAGAACAC